CACAACUCCGGGAAGAACACGGCACCAGCCCGGUUUCUCCGCGCGGACCGGCCCUGCAACGCUUUCACGGUUUCAUAUACCCGGCCCCUCCACCUCAAAUCCGUCUCCUCACCUCCCCCAUCCCCGCAAAAGAAGUACACAUACCCUCGCCGCUGGCCCUUCCCCGCUGACCCGUUCCUGACUCCUGGCUCCUGACCCUGACUCGGGCUCACCCGACACCCGACACCCGGUACCUUAAGCCGGACUGUACACGCGCCUCAUGGUCCUCAACCACCGCGCCGGCAGCAGCAGGGCGCCGCCGACACUGCCGCCGGUGCCCGAUGGCGCCGAGGAAGAGGCCGCAGCAGCCGCCGCGCCGCCACCAGUGACGACCGCGGCACCGGCAGGCCGCGGCGGCAGGCGGCAGGGCGGCGGCGGCGGUGGAAAUGGCGGCGGGGUGCCGCACCGGCACGCGCCCCUGUUCCGCGGCGGCGGUGGCGGUGUGGGCGGGGGCGGUCUGCCGCUGGGUCGAUACCUGCUGCUGGUGGUGGUGGCGUUUGCGGCGGUUUCAGCGCUGUGGCUGGCGCCAGCCGUGAGCGCCCGUGGCCUCAGGAACUACGUAAGCUGCGCCUCUCCGCCCUGCCUGCCCACCACCGCCGAGGCCGGCGCCACCGCCGGCAGUGCCCUGGAGCUGCCGCCGCCGCAGACCUCCUCCUCCUCUGCCGCCGCCGCCGCCGCUCAGCCAGGCAGCGGCAGUCGCCCCCUGGUGGGCGCCACACCCGGAACGACCACUGGUUCGGGGCCGGGCUACACAGGGACCGGCUCCGGGACCACGGCCGUCCUCUCAGAGUUCGUGCCCGCCAGCCCCUCCCCCGCCCCCGCCCCGGCGUCGGCCCAGGCCUUCGCGGCCGCCGCCGCGCCGCCAUACACCCCCACUGUGGUGGGCAGCGGCGGCAUCAACGUCAUCUCCUCCAACCCCAUCUCCAUCAGCAACCCCAUCAACAUCAAGAACCCCAACGUCAACCACGACCUCAACAAGGUGGGGGCGCUGGGUGCGGGCGGCCCGGCGGUGGGCGGCAAGGCCGCGCUGCUGCAGGGCGUGGCCGGACUCAUAAACGGCGUGGGCGCCAUUGGAGGCGCGCUGCUGGGCGGCCGCCGCCGGGCGGGCUGAGCGGCAGGAGCAAGGGGAGGAGCGGACGAGGCAGAGGCGAAGGAGACGCAGGCUGGCGGAGGCUGCACAGGCCCACGCGUGAUUAUAAGGAUUGGACCUGUGGCGCAGCGCGCGGCGGCACGGCAUUGCCAUGCAAGCUGGCGGUGGAUGAGUAAGUGCCGUGUGUGAAAGCAUGGCUGUCUAGGAAGGCCGGCUGCUUGGUCGGCGCGGGACGUGAACGCGAGGGGGGGCUGAUGAUUGGCUGGCAAUGCGGAAUUCAGAUAAUGCCAUUGUGAUAUUUGAGCGUCGCUGGCGCAAAUGUGAUGUUGCGAUAUUACAAAUAAUGCACACCGCGUGCUCCGUGUGAUUUGUGGCAUCCGUCCAAGGCGAGGCGCGUAUCGAGGGGAAACCCGAG